AUGUCCGGCUUCCCUUCUUACAGAAGCGAGUAUCCUUCAGCUCCAGUCAAGCCGACGAAGCUCGUGUCUACGGUCGCACCCAAACUCCACGAACCUACAGUAAACCGGCGCGAUAAACUUCCCAGCAAAUCAAAGCCGCAUUCCCGCGCAGGACAGCCUAGCUCUGUUCGCCGCAAGGCCCUGACGAGCGAUGCAUCCCAAGAAUCAGCCGGCUACACAGCCUCGCCGACAAGUGGUGACGACAGCAUGAGCAGUGAGCUGGAGCAGGAGAGGAGGCCCCGACGACGGCAAAUGAAAGAAAAAGCCCGAUCUGCGCCUGUGAACUUCCCACCACUGGCGGCAUCAGAGUCUUCGUCAGAAGAUUUGGACGACACGGAGUCAGAGAUAUCACCAGAGGACAAAGCCUGGAAAGAGCGGAUGGAUCGGUGCUUGAAAAGACUUCCAAAGGGUGUGGACGAGGCUGCAGCGAAGCAGAUAUUCAAUGAGAUUGUUAUCCAGGGGGAUGAGGUACGGUGGGAUGAUGUUGCUGGGCUUGAAGUCGCUAAAUCGGCGCUCAAGGAGACUGUAGUGUAUCCCUUCCUCCGACCGGAUCUUUUCAUGGGCCUCCGUGAACCAGCGCGGGGCAUGCUCUUGUUCGGACCACCUGGGACGGGUAAGACGAUGUUAGCGCGCGCCGUGGCAACAGAAUCCAAAUCGACAUUUUUCGCCAUCUCUGCAAGCAGUCUAACCAGCAAAUACCUUGGCGAAUCGGAAAAACUUGUUCGCGCCUUGUUCCAGUUGGCAAAGGCUCUGGCUCCAUCCAUCAUCUUCGUGGAUGAGAUUGACUCCCUUCUUUCUUCUCGCUCCGGUUCCGCUGAGCACGAGGCAACUCGAAGGAUCAAAACGGAAUUUCUGAUACAGUGGUCCGAUCUUGCGAAGGCAGCCGCAGGGCGAGAGCAAAAUGAGAAAGAAAAAGAAAAGGGUGACGCGAGCAGGGUCCUCGUGCUUGCAGCCACGAAUCUGCCGUGGGCCAUCGAUGAAGCAGCAAGAAGGCGGUUCGUCAGACGACAGUACAUUCCGCUCCCGGAAGAACACGUUAGAAGGCUACAGUUACAAACACUUUUGAGUCAUCAAAAACACAACAUCACCGACGAAGACCUGGACGAAUUAGUUGAACUAACUGAAGGUAAGGAAGAAGACCUCAUGAAGGUGCUUGAGGGGUCUUGA